AAAAAGGAAAGAGAAGAUAAGGAUGAAGAGUCUAAAUCAAAAAUUAAUAAAAUUAAUAGUGAAGUGGUCAAGGGAGGGGAUGUAAAAAAUAUUAGAAACAUUCUUCUUAUUGGUUGUACAGGAAAUGGUAAAUCUACUAUUGCUAAUGUGCUAGUUAACAAAAAUGGAGAUUUCAAAGAAAUCUUUAAAGAAGGGGAAUUUUUCAGUAGCAAAACCAAAAAUGUUCAAAGCAUGCAAUUUGAAUAUAAUAGAAUAACAUAUAAAAUUGUUGACACAGUAGGAAUCAAUGAUACAAAUUAUUUACAAGACCAAGUAUUAGAGGAAUUAGCCAAAGUAUGUUGGUAUAUAAAGGAAGAGAUAAGUCAAGUUUUUUUUGUCACAAGAGGUAGAUUUACCAAAGAAGAAAAAAUGGCAUAUAAUUUGCUUAGUGAAGUUAUUUUUGAUAAGAAUAUUAGCAAAUACAUCACAAUUAUAAGAACUGGCUUUGAUAGUUUUGAAGAUCCUAAUAAAUGUAAAGAAGAUCGAGAAAUUCUAAUUAAAAAUAAUACUGAAAUUAAUGAUUUAAUUGAUGCUAAUAUUAAAAUUAUUCAUGUAAAUAAUCCAUCUAUUAAUAUUACUGGUGGACCCACAACAGCACUGUUGAACGAAUGUAAUAAGAAGAUAAGAGAAGAGUCAAGAAAAAGAUUAUUAGAACUUUUAGAAAAAUGUGGCGAUGUUUAUAAAUCACAAAACUUUUAUCGAAAAUUUUGUGAAGAAUUAGGAAAAAUGAUUGAAGCAAGAAAAGAGAUAAUAGAAGAACUUAUAAAAACUAAAGAAAAGUUAAGCAAUUAUAUUUUUAAGGGAGAAACUAUUGAAAAUUUUAGUACAGCCUCUCAACUAGCUUCAGGAGUCGUGGCUCCAUUUUUCCCCUAUAUUUCAUCUAUUACAGCAAGUAUAGAAAUAGUUGAUAGAUCUUACAAGGGUUUGCGAGAAAGAUAUGAAAGAAAAAGUUUAAAUGAAUUCAAUAAUAAAAUCGAUGAAGAUAAAAAGAUUCAAGAAGAAUACCAAAUGAAUAAUAAAAUUAAAAAACUUACGGAAGAAUUAAAAGAAAUGGAAAAAUCAAAAUGUGACCAUGAAAAAAAAUUUGAAAGUUGGAAUGAGCGUCGUAAGGAACUUAAUAGUAAAAUUGAAAUGGUUGAUGAUAUUUAUUAUGACGCUGUAGAAUAA